CCAGCAGCAGCAACAGGAGCGGCGGCAGCGUCGGAGCGCCGGUGAGGACAAACCUCCGAGUCACAGCGAGCCAUCCCGUCUUCUGACGCAUCGGCUGCAGGGAGAUCAUGGCCGGUAUUCUGGCGUGGUUCUGGAAUGAAAGGUUCUGGCUCCCCCACAAUGUCACCUGGGCUGACUUAAAAAACACAGAAGAGGCAACGUUCCCGCAAGCCGAGGAUCUCUAUCUGGCGGGUCCUUUAGCGUUCUGCAUCUUCAUGGUCCGGCUGGUUUUCGAAAGGUUCAUUGCAAGACCAUGUGCAGUGGGCUUAAAGAUCCAAGCCAACGGGCCACAAAAAGCCCAGCCCAAUGCCAUCCUGGAGAAGGUUUUCAACGCUAUAACUAAGCACCCAGAUGAGAAGAGGCUGGAAGGCCUAUCCAAGCAGCUCGACUGGGACGUGCGUACCAUCCAGCGCUGGUACAGGCAACGGCGCAACCAAGAGAAGCCCAGUACCCUCGCCAGAUUCUGUGAAAGCAUGUGGAGGUUUACCUUCUACUUAUACAUAUUUACCUAUGGAGUGCGUUUUCUUAAAAAGACCUCAUGGUUAUGGAACACUAAAGAAUGCUGGUAUAACUACCCUAACCAGCCACUGACUGCAGACAUCCACUAUUACUACAUACUUGAGCUCUCCUUUUACCUGUCGUUGCUCUUUUCCCAAUUCACAGAUAUCAAGAGGAAGGAUUUCCUCAUUAUGUUUGUUCACCACCUGGCAACAAUCUCUCUCAUCAUAUUCUCCUAUGUAAACAACAUGGUGCGAGUGGGAACUCUGGUCAUGUGUCUUCACGAUGCUGCAGAUGUCUUGAUAGAGGCUGCCAAGAUGGCUAACUAUGCCAAGUGCCAGAUACUUUGCUACCUCCUGUUUGCAAUGUUUGCAAUUCUCUUCAUCAGUUCCAGAAUGGGAGUUUACCCCAUCUGGAUUUUAAAUACAACUUUGCUUGAGAGCUGGGAGAUUGUGGGGCCCUACCCUUCCUGGUGGGUCUUUAACCUGCUCCUAGUCCUGCUGCAGCUUCUCCACUGCUUCUGGUCUUACCUCAUAGUGAAGACUGCAUGCAGAGCCAUCUCCAAAGGAAGGGUGGGGAAAUGGAAUCCUCUACAUGUGUCUAAAGACGACCACAGUGACAUUGAGUCCAGCUCUGAUGAGGAUGACAGCCCGCCACCGCAUCAGAAGCACCACAGCAGCGCUGCCAAUGGCACCAACAAAAACGGCACCAACGGCUAUCUGACGGGAUCCCCAUUCUCCUAUGAACACUGACUUUAAGUCAUAUCACAUAUCGCUACAAAACGCCAAUUAUUUAUGUGUGUAUUCGGGUGUAUGUUGGAGAAACAUCGCCUCAUUCCUGUGUGGAAGUCUUGAUAGAUUUAUGUAAAAGCAGUUUUCUUCUCAGUUUAUUCAUUUUCUGCAAUUUGUUUUCUUCAUCUAUAUAUUUGCAUCUGACGGACCUCACUGAAAACAAAAAUCACCUCAGUCCAGUCAGCCGUCAACAGCUUUUGAAUUUAUGUGCGCAUGUUCCUUUAACUUACAGCUGUCCGUCAUACUCUGAGGUGUUUUUUAUCUUACUCUAGACUCUUGGUUUUAUUUUUUUCUCUGAAUACAUUUGCAGGUUUCAGACAUUUCUCAGUCGUUAUGUCAGUAUGGAAAAAUCCUUUAAAAAAACAGUGGUUUUCAGCUCACACAGAUUAACCCAACUGUUGAAGAGCGUUGCUUUAAUUUUCUGCUGCACCCCUCCAAAGAUUUGACAAAACUGUCUUCACCCUCAAACUGAUAGUGAUUUGAAUUUUUACUCACAUUUAAACCUUUUUCUCCACACAAACUGUAAAUGAGAUGUCAAUGACAGUGUUAUGUGUGGGCAUUACAGAUGGCUAAAGGCUGCAUAUCUCAUCCAGUCAUUUUGUCUGAUAUUCUGAUUAAUUUCUAAUAAUUACAUUAAACGUCAUCUGUUCUCUUCUGACACUUGAUUUGUGGGUUUGAGUUACUGAUUAAAAGAAAAUUAUUGCAAAAAAACUGUUGCAAAACA